AUGAAGCCUCUUGUUUUCUUGGUUCUUGUGAUUUGUACUGUAGUCAGCAUGAAUUUGAAGUUCGUGUCAAAGAGAAAUUCUGUUGAUGGUUGCAUUGACUGGUCAGUGGAUCUCAAGACAUACAUGGCUUUGGCAGGUGAACCAGUCCGAGUGAAAUGUGCCCUUUUCUACAGCUAUAUCAGAACUAAUUAUAGCAUGGCCCAAAGCACAGGUCUUAGGCUUAUGUGGUACAAAAACAAAGGAGAUUUAGAAGAACCCAUUAUAUUUUCCGAAGUUAGGAUGAGCAAGGAUGAAGAUUCCAUAUGGUUUCACUCGGUUGAGCUGCAAGACAGUGGUUUCUACACUUGUGUUCUGAGAAACUCAACAUAUUGCAUGAAGGUGUCCAUGUCCUUGACUGUAGCUGAGAAUGAAUCUGGGCUUUGCUACAACAGCAAGAUCAGAUAUCUGGAAAAAUCAGAAGUCACUAAGAGAAAGACAAUCUCCUGUCCUGAUAUUGAAGAUUACAAAACAGCCAAUCAAGAGCCAGAUGUGGUGUGGUACAAGGAAUGUGAGCCAAAAAUGUGGAGAAACGUUGUAAUUCAGAAGGGAAAUACUCUCUUAAUUCAAGAGGUCCAGGAAGAAGAUGGAGGAAAUUAUACCUGUGAACUAAAAUUUGAAGGCAAGCUUAUACGAAGGACGGUUGAAUUGAAGGUUACUGCUUUGCUCACAGACAAACCUCCAAAGCCAUUGUUCCCCAUGGAGAACCAGCCAACUGUUAUAGAUGUCCAGCUGGGAAAUCCACUGACUGUGGCCUGCAAAGCUUUCUUUGGAUUCAGUGGAGAAUCAGGCCCCAUGAUCUACUGGAUGAAAGGGGAAAAAUUCAUAGAAGAAUUAGAAGGUCACAUUAGAGAAGGCGAAGUCAGACUGCUCAGAGAACAUCUUGGAGAAAAAGAAGUUGAGUUGACAUUGAUCUUCGAUGCUGUAGAGGAGGCAGACCUGGCUAACUACACGUGUCACGUGGAGAACAGAAAUGGACGGAAACAUGCCAGUGUUCUUCUGCGCAAAAAAGAUUUGAUCUACAAAAUAGAACUUGCUGGAGGACUGGGAGCCAUCCUUCUUCUGCUUAUUUUGCUCGUGACCAUCUAUAAGUGCUACAACAUAGAGUUAAUGCUGUUCUACAGACAGAACUUUGGAGGAGAUGAAGCAGCUGAUGACAACAAAGAAUAUGAUGCUUAUCUUUCAUAUACCAAAGUGGAUCCUGAUGCAUUAGAUCGUGAUAAUAAUGAAGAGGAGCAGUUUGCACUUGAAAUUCUGCCAGAUGUUCUAGAAAAGCACUAUGGAUAUAAGCUCUUCAUUCCAGAUAGGGACCUGAUCCCUAGUGGAACCUACAUUGAAGAUCUCACAAGAUGUGUUGAGCAAAGCAGAAGACUCAUAAUCGUGUUAACUCCAGACUAUGUUCUCAGGAGAGGAUGGAGUAUUUUUGAGAUGGAAAACAGACUCCAUAACAUGCUAGUCAGUGGAGAAAUCAAAGUUAUUUUGAUUGAGUGUACUGAAUUAAAAGGGAAGGUGAAUUAUCAUGAAGUGGAAUCAUUAAAGCACACCAUCAAACUUCUCUCAGUGGUCAAGUGGAAAGGACCAAAAAGCAGCAAACUGAAUUCUAAGUUUUGGAAGCGCCUAGUCUUUGAAAUGCCAGGGAAGAAAAAGGAGGUGGUGUCUCGGCAUCAGGUCCUGGAUUCUGCAGAGCAGGGCCUCUUUGGAGACCUCCAGACUGUGCCCUCUCUUGCCGUCACAGGCACUUCUGCCACGCUGGUGGAGUCGCGGGCGGAUUUAGGCGAUUUCCAGCAGGCAGACUCGGUGCACAUGAGGCACUACUGCAGAGGCUACGAGUACGACGUGUCUGCAGCCACGCUGCCCAUGGCCUCCAUCAGCAACCACCACACAUACUGUAACAUCCCCCUGACACUCCUCAACGGACAGCUACCUCUCAACAACGCCGUCAAGGACCCCCAGGAGUUCCACAGGAACAACCCCUUGCUACCCUUAUCGGCCAAGGAGCUCAGCUUCACCAGUGACAUCUGGUAG